ACCGGCCAGGGCUGGCGCCGGUCGACAAGGACAACUCUCAACACCUUCCCUUCUCCUUCCUACAUUCCUCGUCCUCCUCAGUCUCUCCCCUCUCACCUCCCAACCCAAAGGAUCCCUCCUCUUCACACUCCGUGUCGCCACAUUCGGAGCUCGGAUCCAACCACUGCUUAUCCCACCCGAUCCCUCCCAAAUCACCCCCGCACCCGAUUCGCUCCUCCCCUGCAAAGAGAGGUCUAUACCCCUACCUUGAUUCGGCGGCCGGCGCCAUGGCGAGCGGCAGCGAGCAGCCGCAGGCGGAGACCGAGCCCGAGGCGGUGGAGCUCGUGCUGUUCCAGGUCGCCGAGUGCUACGUCUAUCUGAUACCUCCUAGGAAGACGGCCGCCUCUUACAGGGCUGAUGAGUGGAAUGUCAACAAAUGGGCUUGGGAAGGGGCACUUAAGGUUGCCAGCAAGGGGGAAGAAUGUGUCAUCAAACUGGAAGACAAGAGCACUGGUGAGCUGUAUGCCAGGGCAUUUCUGAGAGAAGGCGAACCACAUCCGGUGGAAGCUGUAAUUGAUAGCAGCAGAUAUUUUGUACUUCGCGUUGAAGAGAAUAUAGAUGGGCGUCAGCGUCAUGCUUUUAUAGGGUUAGGCUUCCGUGAAAGAACUGAAGCAUAUGACUUCCAAGCUGCUCUACAUGACCAUAUGAAAUAUCUAAACAAGAAGAAGACCGCUGAAGAGAUGGUGCAGCACUAUGAGAAUACGUCAUCAGUGGAUUAUAGCCUCAAAGAAGGGGAAACUUUAGUUCUCCAACUAAAAAAUAAAGAAAGUGCCAGCAAGACAAAAUCUGCAUUUUUCGAGCAAGGUCUGAACAAGCUGUCGUUCAAUGAAAAAGCAAACACCAAGGAGGCCACAGUGUCCCUCAAACUCCCGCCACCUCCACCCUCACCCGUGUCUCCAACUGAUUCUGGAGUUGCCAUUUCCCCUUUCAAAGCAGAAUUUCCUUCCCAGGAACAACCAGGCACCGGCGAUGCCGGGGACGCCGCCGCUCCUUUCAAAGCAGAAUUUCCUUCACAAGAAGAAGCACUGGAUGAUAUCGUGGAAGCUAGAGCAGAAGCUGCUCCUCGUAAUCAACCAGCCGCAGCAGAGAAGAGCAAACAAGGAAGCGUGGAUGAUGAGUUUGACUUUGGGGACUUCCAGGCUGCUGCUUGAAUCAUGUAUCCUGUACAUACGUCAACUUUAUUACGUGGACACAUACAUGUCUCCUUUCUUUUUCUUGGAUCUCCCGUCAGUUGUGACUUUUUUUGGCCACCCGAGUUGUUGUACAGAGAGCUGUCAUAUGAUAAGCCGUAUAAAUUAAGAAUACAUAUAUAAGCCGUAGAACA